UCGGAAAGGAGUCGAUUCUUUAAGCGAUGUUCAGUCGUCGGCGGAGGUAAAAGCAGGAAUGACAAACAGUGAAAAACGACAUUUGACCGCCGAAAAACACCGGAUUUACUAAGUUUUCCGCGGUCCAUGGAGUUACUGGUGGGCUGACGAGGACGGUAGGAAACAAAAGUUCAACCUACACUCCUCUCCCCCUCCUCAUCCUCCCUUCCUGAUCCCUUUUCCCUGUUGGCUGCUGUUUCCCUGAGGGCGGGGCUAAGUAUGGGGUAAGAGAGCUGGCGGCAGGAGACACCAAAACGACUCGAGCUGAGGAGGCCUUCUUACCUGCACAGGUGGUGAAGGGUGCAGGACAGUGUCAUGGCGCUGCUGCGGAGGAGGCUCAAACUUGUGGUAACGGUGACGAUGGUCAACCUCUUCAUCUUCAUCAUCAUCUCCCGACACAGCAGCCAAGACAAAAACGGGCAUCAAAAAGUCAACAUCCCUUCCAAACCUUUCUGGACCAAACUGGCUCCAAGCUCGGCUUACUGGAACCGCCAGCAGCAGUUUCUGGACUUUCAAAACAACCCUGUUCUGAUGGCGAACUACAGCAAUGUAGAGCUGCCUGAUUGGCUUAAUGACACCAGUUUAACCUCUGACCCCUGCAAGCCUAAUUUCAAGGUUACGACUCGGGUAAAAGACUACAAUUCCCUUCCAGACCGCUUCAAAGACUUCCUGCUUUACAUGCAGUGCCGCUCCUACCCGAUCACAGUGGACCAGCCUGAUAUCUGCAGGGAGUCACCGUUCCUGCUUCUGGCGGUCAAAUCCCUGGCACCGCAUUUUGACCGCCGCCAAGCCAUCAGGCAGUCCUGGGGACGGGCGGGUUUUAUUGCCAAUCGGACAGUGGUUACCAUCUUUCUCCUGGGCAAUGCCACUGCAGGGGACCAUCACCCUGAUCUCUCCGGGAUGUUGCAAUACGAGAGCAUCCGCCAUAAAGACAUCAUCCAGUGGGACUACAGAGAUUCAUUCUUUAACUUGACGGUUAAAGAGGUCCUUUUCCUGGAGUGGAUCCAGACUCGUUGCUCGGGUGCUCGCUUCAUCUUCAAAGGCGACGAUGAUGUCUUCGUCAACACCUACCGCAUCCUGGACUUCCUCAAGGGCCUCUCUGAGCCCAAAGCCAGGGACCUGUUUGUGGGUGACGUGAUCACCAACGCGGGGCCACACAGAGACAAAAAGGUCAAAUACUUCAUCCCAGAGAGCAUGUACGUUGGAACAUACCCUCCAUAUGCAGGAGGAGGUGGGUACCUUUACUCUGGUGACAUUGCUGCUCGUUUGCACAACGUGUCGCAACACGUGUCACUCUACCCGAUUGAUGAUGUCUACACGGGGAUGUGUCUCAGGAAGCUCGGGUUGGCCCCCGAGAAGCACAAAGGCUUCAGGACCUUUAACAUAGAGGAGAAGUACAGGUCCAACCCCUGCGCCUACAAGAGUUUAAUGCUGGUUCACCCAAGGACCCCGCAGGAGAUGAUCCAGAUCUGGGCCUGGCUCAGUAGUCCUGAUCUUAACUGCCAGUGAUGGUUCUGAAACAGGCACUAUGGCACCUCUGCCCUAUACAAGACACCUUGAUGUUGUUCCCAGAGGUCAAUGAAAAAAAAACACAUUUUGAACAGGGUCUGGACAUAAUAGUUGGCAGCUUUAAGUGAAGAUAUGGUCAUAUUCACUCGGAGCCUCAGAUUGGACUGAUCCUUUAAGAAAUGAGGAAGGAUUUGUUAACUCCAUUUUAAAGUCGGCCACCAUAGUAUUUUGACUUGACGUCAGGCUUCCAUUGACGAGCUAAAUCUGCUUUACUGUUGAGAGUGACUGUGUCUGUCUUUGCGUGCACAUAUUUAUAACAAGACUAUUUAUAUGGCCUUUAGAUGCUUUAACACUGUGUGUCAGCUCUGAGAUGGAGCCUAUCGAUGCUGUAUUGUAGAAAUAAGGAGACUAAGAGCUUGGAUGUGUCCACCUGGGACUCUCUUUGUUAUUUGGUUAAGGGAAAUGGUGUCAGGUUUUUGACAUAGUAGAAAACGAAAAUGUUUUCAGCACUCUUGAGUGUCUAAAUAUUUCAAAUGUAAGUAAAAGAGUGAAGCUCUUAAACUUCACAUCUUGGUAACAAUCAGCGGUCCCUGUUUGCAGCAGUUUGUUGCAGCUAGUUUUAAAAGAGUGUCCUGGUGAACACCUCCUGCUAAUUGUUGCUGGUUGCUUAGUUUGCGCUGCUAUUCUCAUCCACACUCCCUAAAGUAUUGACUUGGGACUUGUUCCAACUCCAACUUAACCAGUUUUUCCUCCUUGAAGAUCUGGAGGAUCUUGUGACUAUUUAAAAACCAUUUGUCAAUCCUUGGGAGAAUAUUUUUUCUUUACCUUUUUGGAUUCAGAGAGACUGAAUGACAAAGUUUCUCACUUCCGUUGAGUAAUGAUAGUUUCCUUUUUUUUUUACUUGUUCAUGUUACAACAACAAUACUUCAAAUUGAUGUAGAGUUUAGAAUUGGGCUUUUAAGUUGAGUGAAUACACGCUUUGCUUUCAGGAAACGGGAGGAAUUUGAGUUCAGCUCUGUAGAGCACUGCAGGUCUGAACUUGGUGUUGAAAUGAAAAGAGAAAUCCAAAUGCUGUCCAAUAUUGCUUCAGAAUCUCACUUUAGACAACAACAAAAAACUGCUCGUAGAAAAGUGCAUUUUCAGAUAUGUUUAUUUAAUCGGCCAGGGUAGAGCGUCUGUCUGAAAAUCCUCGACUUAACUUGCCUCACGAGUGUCUGCAGCUGCUGUGUGAAAGUGUUGAAUACUGUUUAUGUUUGCUUUAAUGUGUUCUCAGUGAAUAAGAGUUAUAAAAUGCUUUAAACACGGGUGGAACAUGGUGUAUCAUCGUGUCCAAGACACGUAAGCUUUCAUUACUUGACAAAUGAGUGUUCACUGAUCGUUGUAAAGGUCACGUUUCAAAAUGUUACAUUUCUAUUUCAGGAGGAAUUUGUUUCUUAUUGUCUAAACUUACUGCUUAUGAUGAUCAUUCUUUGCUCUUUAUCUGUUCAUUCUUUGCUGUUUAUUAUGACCGAUAAGUCCUUUUGGAAUGAUUUGAAAAUCCCUGCUCAGCUCACUACUGUCUGGCUUUAUAGCACAAAUGCUGUUCUCAUUUUAUGACAUGGGUGCUGCACAUAUGUUACGUAAUGCUCCUUUUCAGCUGUGUGUGAGACACAGUCAGACUGUAGGGAUCUUAGAUGCUUCUGUGUGAUACAACUCUUUUCAGAGAGUUGAAUAACUAGAGAGAAGGAGAUUCGCCGUUUGUCCCUGAUAGGAUAAGGUCAGAUGAAAUCUGUUAAAUCUGUAAGAAUAUCUUUACCCAGGUUUAGGAUCAGUCUGUUUUCAGUCAUUUACGUAUAAAAAGUGGACUUUUUUCAGUAUUUCUGAUCAGGUUCUGGUCCAUAAGGUCAACACUAAACAAAAUAUAUGUUUUUUUGAUUGUGAUACAGAAAUUUAGAUCCUUGAAGGCGGCUGAUGUUCCUGCGCCUCUGUUAGCUCUCCCCCUGCUGGUCAGGAUGGUGAGCUUCAGCUUGACAGACACUGGCAACUCCAUGACCCAAAACUGUUCUCCUGGACCCUAUUUUCCAUGUCACAGUUUAACCAAAUAUUAAUUUAUUGAAUCUCUGAUGGAUCACUCAUGACAACCUAUCCCUCCGGUUAACUGUUUUGUGUCACUGUAUUGUGGAAUUUCUACACCCAUUUUGUCCAUCACCUACACGUGUCAGAUAUUUCCAGACAAUCACAGUGACAUUCUGAAUUUUAGGCCUUUUUUUAAAUUUACUCUUGGAUGAUCACAUUUUUGUAGAAUCUGAAUGCAAGAUAAAAAAAAAAGAACAGUAAAAAUAGGAGCCGAGCAGAGGUUAAGCAUCCCUGUCCACUUCAUGUUCUUCGGGUCAUGUCUCAACAUCUUCACUGUGGUUCCCUGUCGCUCACAAAACCAGUCAUAGGUUGCAUACUAUCAUUGCUGCACAGUUUGGGGCUACUUGAAAUUUAGGUGUUUUAAAAAUGUAUCAUCACUCAUGUAUAUUGUUGAAUUGUUCAUCUGAUGACAGAAUUUUGCCUUAAUAAUAUACUAUCCUUGUGCCUUGUAUGUUGGAGUUUAAUCCCUCACUGUGCUUUAAUUUGGUUUCAUGCCUCACAGUUUUUGUUUGGUCAUUUUGAGCACACAACUCAGCUGUGUGUUUGCACAGUCAGUGUUUCUCUGGUCUCAGUUAAGUUGUAUAUUAGAACUUCUGUACAUGCUGGUGUUGUUAUAAAGGCAAGACCGACAACAAGAUGGCAUAGAAGAAUGUCAUAUGACCAUUGAUUAAUUCAUGAAAUGUCACUAAAGCUCAAGAAUUGUAACGAUAGGGCAAUGUAGUGGUUAACACGGUAGGCAUAAUUGUCUGGAGAAAUCCUGUGUUAGAGGCAAGAUUUCUCGUCCACACACCCGUCAAGUUGACCAACAAAAAGCUGAGUGUUGUUAUAUCGUUAUUCAUGCCUUCUUUAAUUUGUCAAUUAUCAUCAAAUCGGGAUCAAAUAUGUCUGCUCCGUUACCCUGAGGGGACAUUUUCAAACACAUUUUUAGUUAUUUUUUUGAUCCAUCAUCGCCUUCACAUAUUUAUAAGUUGUUGUUUUUUUUACUUUACAUAUUUGCAUUACGUGUCUGUAUUUCAGAAACUUGUCAUUACUGUGUUACACAACACCUGCACUAGUCAGAGUUGAUCACCAAAUCUGUGCCUCUUGUUUGUAUGUUCAGCGUGAUCGCUUUUUUUUAAUACAGAAUGACGUGAUAAUUUCAAUAAAGUUAUAUUUUGCUGUAUAAUUGUUCUAUGCAUUAUUUUGUAAGAAAAACAAAUAAAAGACGUGAAAUCAGAA